CUGGGCCGGGGCCGAGGCCGGGCGCUGGAGUGGGCUGCCGCCCUGCUCCCUUGUGGCUGGACCAUGCCGGGGGACCGCAUGGCGACCUCCCUGAUCCAGAGGAUCGCCCGCCAGGCCCGCACCACCUUCAAGCUGCUGCCGCUGGCCGAGGCCGGGCCCGGCUCGGCGCCGGGGCCUGGGGCUUUCCAGGACAACCUGAGCCAGCUGAGCUCGCUGCUGGAGAAGGUGAAGGCCGAGGACCUGAACCUGACGCCCCGCAGGAGCCAGGGCCCGCGGCAGGCCGGGCCCCCGGUCACCUACAUGCACAUCUGCGAGAGCGAGCAGUUCUCCAUGGGGGUGUUCCUGCUGCAGGCUGGAGCCUGCAUCCCGCUGCACGACCACCCGGGGAUGCACGGCCUGCUCAAGGUGCUCUACGGCAGCGUGGCCAUCGAGUGCUUCGACAAGGACGACGGCGAGCAGGCCGCGGCUGGCGUCCAGUUCAGCCCGCCCCUGCUGCAGGGCCAGCGGGCCAGCCUCCGCCGCUCGCUGCGCUCCUCCAGCCGCCUCCUGGAUCAGGCCAGCGGGCCGUGCCUCCUCACCCCGCGGCUCAGCAACAUGCACCGGAUCGAGGCGCCGAACGGGCCGGCCGCUUUCCUGGACAUUCUGGCGCCGCCCUACGACCCCGAGGCCGGCAGGGACUGUCACUACUUCAAGGUGCUGCAGCCGGUGCCAGGCAGAGCCAGCAGCCCGGCUCCCCCCGAGCAGGAGGCCGUUUGGCUGCUGGAGGUGCCGCAACCCGCCGACUUCUGGUGCGGAGGAGAACCUUACCCCGGUCCCCAGGUGGUGCCUGACCGAGAAGCGAGCCCGAAGGAAUAGUAAUGCACCCAUUUACAGUGAAGAACCCUUCACAAACUCUUCAGCCAAGCUCACUUCGUCCCCUACCCCCUGCAUGGUUAAUGCUCUCUUUCUUGUUGCAGAGUCGACCCGACCUUUAAUAACUUUGUUCAUAGCCACACCAAAAACCAAUAUCCUCAAACUCUUCUGGAGCGGAAUGAAAACAAAACUUUGCGCCUGGACCUUUCAAGUUAAAAGUAGAAAAAUUGUGUGUACAUUCACAUCUAUUGAUUCUGUGCAGAAACAGUUUCGAUACAGAAAAUGCUAGUGAAGCUCAGCCUGUCUGGCAGCGUCUGAGGAGAGAAGGAAUCUGUGUUGAGUAUAUGUGUUCAGGAUAUGAGAUACUAUAUAAUGGAUCUGUCCAGCCUUUUCUUCAGAUUGUCAGACUAGCACUUAAUUGGUAAACAUCCUAGUGAUUUUAUUGAGAGUGCAACCAAUCAUCCAAAAUGUCGUGUUUACCUGGAAUGCAAACUUUAUAAAUACUCAGAAGUAGAGGUUGAUGAGUUCAGUUGUUUUCUGAAGUAUGGAAAUUUCUGAGGACAUGACUUUAUUUCUUUUCCCAGUAAGAACAAAACACUAUUGGUAGAAAAUACUAUGAAUUCAUGUUUUGUAUUCAUGUGUGAACAACUGUAUUUUCAUAUGAACUCUGUUUUAACUGUUUCUAAAGCAGUCAUCAACCUGAACUUGACAGCCACCAGAAGGUACAGGUGGACAAACAUCUUAAAAUUUCUCGCUUCCUUUGAAACCAGUUGCCUCCAGAAUUCACCACCCACCCUCUAAGCACUGCUGUUUUUUUGUUUAAUGUCAUAUAUGCUACAGUUUUGGCAUAAGUCUUUUAAGAAAGGAGUCAUCAGGAGUUCAAUGCCCAUACUGUUUACCAGCACCUGGGCCUGUUUGUCUCAUAUAUUUACUGUGAUGCUACGUCAAAUGCGUUAUCAGAGAAUCAUUUUGCACUUUGGAUUCCAAAAUGCUGACCUUAACAAUGUUAGCCAGCAAUCUAGUCAAUAAAAUCUGUUAUUCUACGCAACAUCCAGAUAUAUGAAAUGUUGAAAGGUUUGGAAGUGGUAGCAAAUGAAUUCUUACUGACAUGUUCAUGAAACUACUGUGAAAUUAAAGUAUUGAUGAUAUGGAGGGCUGUGGGAACUGUUUGUUUAGCUCUGUAUAGCACUUCCUUGUUAGCACCGAUAUGAUGGCUUGAUUUUCAAAAGCAACGUGACAACGGGUUGGAAACAAUUAUUUUGGUUUAGUCACUAUGUAAUAACUGUGACUGCGCUACAAAGCGCUCAUUUAGAAUUAGUUAUCAAGGCUAUUCUAUACAUUUAAACUUCUUUUUAAAACUGGGAGUAGGAUUUUCUUAUAAAUCCACAAUGCCAAUUUAUUGCAAAAUCUACUUAGAAUGAUGUCUUUAUAAAUAUUGGGAAAGAAGACUAAAUGUAGCCAUAAAAGGGAAACAUAACCAAAGGCUAACUUCAUAACCAGCAGUAACCUAGGAAGCAAAGGGCUGAGAUUUUUGAUUCAUGUUGGCCAUAAUUUUCAAAUAUAACUUCAAAUAAGAUAUCCACUGAAAUAUUUUUAAUUCACCCAGCUGCAACAUGUGACAUGUUCCCUUUCAGAACCCCCACUGCUGGAAGCUCGUCUGAUAUGACUGUGCAGCCUUGUGCUACAUUGCAGUUCUAUUAUGAUUGUGUGCCCCCUUCCCUGCUAUAUUCCCUUUUUGGUUAGUUGAGUUCUGCACUAUUAGAAGUACAUUAUUUUUAUUUGAAAUAAUACCUUGGCCUUUAAGGAGUGGAAAGGUGAAAAUUGGAGUUAUUGAAAUAACUUAUGUAAUUGUCCUGCCUAAGUGGUUGCUUUUUUGUAAGUAUAAUGUUGAGUAAAAGUUGUCCAUGUAGUUUUGCAUGCUGUGGUUCCAUAAUCCUCAAUGCAGUUUAUUUAGUACUCCAUCUGAAAAUACAAUGCAGAACAAAAUGUUUAGCCAUUUCUUUUAUUCAGUAUUGUAUAAAUAAAAUGGAGUAUGAGAAAUAUGGUUUUUGGUUCACUUAGCUGAGUUAUGCUGUUUAUAAUUGGUGGAGUAAAAAUCAUAUUUGCUUUUUAUGUAUUAUCUUUAGGUUGUACCAUUUCAUCAGUACAGAUAUAUGACAAAAGAUAUUCACUUUAUUGAGCAAUAAAAUGUAUAGCAUGUGAUUUACUGAUGCUGUAUUCUUUAAAAUGUUAAUACUGGAAGUUUAAGCACCCUGAGCAUUGUUCUAAAUGUAAUGUGGUCGCUCAUUUCAAUACAAAUUCCCAAAUAUUCAUUCUCAUAUUUGAGUGAUGCAUGAGCAAUAUUAAGAGUUGCUGGGUAGUAACUGAAGUGCUUUUGGUACAAAGCCAUCUAAACUCCUGAGGUUUUGACCCAAAUCACUAGAGCUGAGUGCACAAACCAGAAGCAAUGAUGAUUGUUCAAUCAGUAAAGCAAUGCAUGGGUUGACUAAAUGUAAAGUUAGUUUAUAGGAAAAUGUGAGUGGUUCACAUUAAUGUCUGGUGGUUGCUCCACGAGGCUUUCCAUUGAUGAACAGAAGUUCAGGAUUUUGGAAAUAAGCAUUUCUGCUUCAGUAAAUAUUUGGGUCAGGCCUAGCCAGCAACAACCUUACUUCGUACUGCAACCAUCAUCUUUCUUACAUAGUUAAAAUGUAGUUAAAGGUUUUUUAAAAUACCAGCAUAGUAGUCAAACCAAACAGUUGAACAGCAGUAUGGAAUAAAGAUAUAAAUUGGUCUUUAAACAUAUGGAAUGUUUCUAUUUAGUCAAGUUGUAAUAUCAGAUAAAACAAUAUUCUUUAAGAUUUGUUGUGGUAAGCUUUCAACUGGACACAUGCAUGAGAGGUAAUAUCAUAAUCCUGGCCUGUGCUUGUGAACUUGGCUCGUUUUUAGUUGAAUGAGAAGUCCAUGAGUUUAACCUAUUUUUCAGGGAGUGCUACAUUGCCAAAAGUACCAUAUUUCAGAAUGAGACUUUAAACCAGGGCUUUCUGUCUGUCCUCGGGUGGAUGUAAAAGAUACGUGGUACUAGUUGAAGAACAGGAAAGUGCUUGUUAUCCUGGGUAAAGUCUGUCCCUCAGCCUCUAAUGGGUCUCUCUUUGUUUCAAGGGCCUUUCUGUAAGGAAGCUGCUCUUUUAAAAUGCCUUCACAUGUGUGUGUGCAAUUGAGAAGUCACUAAUUAACAAUGAAGCACUGAAUUAUUUUGAUGUUAAAAGGUACCCAUGUACCCUGUUCACUUUUUUUUUAAUGGAACCAUUAUGGGGAAUGCAACCUAACAGGUCACAUUGCUUCUAUGCUAGACAGAGGAUUUGGAUCCUGAUCAAUAAGUCAUUCAGAUUUCCCUGCUAUAUCUGACUGUCUGGCAUUCUAUUUCUACCUGACCUGCCUAACUCAUCCAGUCUUAAGGUUUUUACCUGUGUGUGUGCUUGAUCAAUUCCUCCCUUAUCAGAAUUUCAUGCUUGAUUGCUUCCUCUUCCUUUUUUGAGCUUAACUUUGGGUCAGUUUUUAUACAUGGCCUGAGGUGUUAACACCACUGUCUAUGAACCAAUGUCAAGUCAUUAGGAUAGUAGCUGGAGAGAUUCCAGCAUGUGCCAAAAUACUGCACACCCUAUUGUUUCUCUCCUCUGAGCAGAUUGAACUCUAAUGCACACUGUGAGGUCUUGUUCUUUGACAGUAAAAUCAACAGCUUCCAUUUACAACGUUAUUUGUCCCAUUCUCAUUGUUUAUUUGCUUUUAAAUCACUCAGCCAGAUCUCCAGGCUUAGAUUGUGCAGCUUGUAUGCAAGUCUUCAGCAUGCCACAUCACAUUCUGACAAUACACAUUUCCUGUACUAAAUCCUAUGCGAUGUCAUUCUGACUGCUUGACCUUGGCAGCUCUCAUUUUCUCCUCAUCCUAGUGUACUGUGAUAGAUUAAUUUUUAGCAUCUAUAUAGAUCGUGUCAUGCUUUCACAUUUUUGUUUCUUGCUACAAGCUGAAGCAACUCAAUGUUUCUGUUUGUAUCAUCUGAUUGUCUAUGGUAUGAUCACUCCCUUCGCAGCACCAUCUAUGACAAAAUUUCCAAUCAUCACAGCCUUGCAUUUUGAAGUUUUCUACCUAAGUCCUUCCAUCCAUAUCCACCUUGUUACAGUGACUGUGUUUCAGAAGUACUUUGUUGACUUUUAAAACACUGUAGAUGUGUUGAAUGGUGCUAUGUGAAUGAGUGCGAGUCAUUUGAAUUCGUUGAAAUAAAAUUGUGAAUCUCAGGUGUUUCAAAACCUUAAGUUGAAGUGCAUUGAUUAUAAAGUGAGUAAUAAAAUGGGUUGAUUGACCAUAACCCUGUUCUGCCAUCAGUCGCCAUGUCUCUGCUCUAUAUGCCCGUGGGUGUUAUUUUGCCAGGUUACUGUUGCACUAAAUAGCAGUGCAACCUGGUCUUCUGUCCAUGCAGCCCACGCACCCUCACACCCCCCAUUACCCCCUUCAUAAUAGUGGAAAGACAUUUUAUGGAUUUGAAAUGUUUCACAUUGAAAUUCAAUAUCAAUUCCCAGUCAGUUGUAGGAAAUACUGGAGAAAACUUAUGAAAAUUGCUUUUGUCCAUUGCUAACUCCCUUCCAUUCUUUCCACCAUCCUUAUAAAGUCUCUUGGUAGUAAACACUAAGGAAAUGAGUGUUGUUUCCCAAAAAAAUGAAAGUUCAAGCAGCUUAAACCAUAAACUGUUGUUAUAGUAAAAAUGGUUUGACUCUUCAAGGGUGUAGUUUUUCAAUAAAAUUUAACUUUAAUUAACAGUUCUUGUCUUUUAAAAAAAAACUUAGUGUUAAUGCAUGCUCUAUUUUCCGAUUGGAAAGUGGUAACUAAAACCAAUUGGCAAGUGACAGAUUGAAAGCAAAUCUGAUGUUGGCUCAGAUGCACAGUUUAGUGGUUUUCAUUUGCCCAUGUGAGUUGGUGUCUUGAUCUAUAUCAAACAAUAUCUGAUUAUUUAUUUGAGGAAUUGCCACCAAUCAGUAUUCUGUCUUUGAGUGGCUAAGAAGGUAGCCUCAUUUUACUGUAGUACAGAACCUGUAAAAUUCUGUAACCAUAUGCAGUAAAAUCUAUUCAGGAUAUCAAUAUUGUAAAAUGUACAACAAUUGCACUGCCUG